GGGAACCUGGUACUCAGGGAGUUAGCCAUGGAGGGUGAGCGGGCGCCGCUGCUUGGUUCGCGGCGGAGUGCGGCUGCGGCCGGGGCGUUUGCGGGGCGGCGCGCGGCGUGCGGGGCGGUGCUGUUGGCCGAGCUGCUGGAGCGCGCCGCCUUUUACGGCAUCACGGCCAACUUGGUGCUGUUCCUGAAUGGCGCGCCGUUCAACUGGGAGGGCGCGCAGGCCAGCCAGGCGCUGCUGCUCUUCAUGGGCCUCACCUACCUGGGCUCGCCGUUCGGGGGCUGGCUCGCCGAUGCGAAGCUCGGCCGGGCGCGCGCCAUCCUGCUCAGCCUGGCACUCUACUUGCUCGGCAUGCUUGCCUUCCCUCUGCUGGCCGCGCCCCGCUCGCGCGCCGCGCUCUGCGGGGACCCGAGCCCGGAGCUUGUCAGCAAUUGCUCGGCUCCCUUCCCCAACGGCACGGCGGUGUGUCCCGAUGUCGCCGCGCGCCGCUGCGCUCCGGCCACCUUCGCGGGGCUGGUGCUCGUGGGACUCGGUGUGGCCACGGUCAAGGCCAACAUAACGCCCUUCGGCGCGGACCAGGUCAAAGAUCGUGGUCCAGAAGCCACUCGGAGAUUUUUCAAUUGGUUUUACUGGAGCAUUAAUUUGGGAGCGAUCCUGUCAUUAGGAGGCAUUGCCUAUAUUCAGCAGAAUGUAAGCUUUCUCAUAGGCUACCUGAUUCCCACUGUCUGCGUGGCUAUCGCUUUCCUGGUCUUCCUCUGUGGCCAGAGUGUCUUCAUCACCAAGCCUCCUGAUGGCAGCGCCUUUACUGACAUGUUCAGGAUUCUCACCUAUAGCUGCUGCUCCCAGAGAGGUGGGCAGCGGAGAAGUGGUGAAGGCCUUGGAGUCUUUCAGCAAUCCUCUAAACACAGUCUGUUUGAUUCAUGUAAGAUGUCGCGUGGAGGGCCGUUCACAGAGGACAAAGUGGAAGACGUGAAAGCCCUGGUCAAGAUCGUGCCUGUGUUCUUGGCUCUGAUUCCCUACUGGACUGUGUACUUUCAAAUGCAGACUACAUAUGUUUUACAGAGUCUUCAUUUGAAGAUUCCAGAAAUCUCAAGUAUCACCACUACCCAUCACACGCUGCCUGCAGCCUGGCUCACCAUGUUCGAUGCAGUGCUCAUCCUCCUGCUCAUCCCGCUGAAGGACAAGCUAGUGGACCCAGUGCUCAGAAGACAUGGCCUGCUCCCAUCCUCCUUGAAGAGGAUUGCUGUGGGGAUGUUCUUCGUCAUGUGCUCUGCCUUUGCUGCGGGAAUCCUGGAGAGUAAAAGGCUGGACCUGGUGAAGGAGAAGACCAUCAACCAGACCAUUGGUGGUGUGGUAUACCAUGCUGCUGACCUGCCUAUUUGGUGGCAGAUCCCACAGUAUGUGCUCAUUGGCAUCAGUGAGAUAUUUGCAAGUAUAGCAGGUUUGGAGUUCGCCUACUCUGCUGCUCCCAAGUCCAUGCAGAGCGCCAUCAUGGGACUCUUUUUCUUCUUUUCUGGCAUUGGGUCAUUUGUGGGCUCAGGACUGUUAGCCCUGGUGUCUCUCAAGGCCAUUGGGUGGAUGAGCAGCCACACAGACUUUGGGAACAUCAACAGCUGCCACCUGCAUUACUACUUCUUCCUGCUGGCCGCCAUCCAGGGAGCUACACUGCUGCUCUUCCUCAUCGUGUCUGUGAAGUACGACCGCCAGCGAGCCAGGGCGGAUGGGGGGCCCGCCAGCACAAGGACCUGAUGCAGCCAGCUAGCAUGCUCACAGGUUCUGCAGACUGUAAGGCCUCAGUGCCUGCUAACCGCCAGGGCACUGCCAGCAGGCCCAUUGAGGGAGCGUUGGUGACACAACUUCUGAACCUGCAUGUUGUCUGGACUGGCUUCCCCCUCCCUCCACCCAGAUGAGUGUGGGGAGUGCCUUACUGUGAUCAGUCUCCUGUGCACUGGGGCUGCCAGGGGAGAAGCGUGGGGCUGAGAAUGUGGGCUCACUGAAGGGCUCUGCUAGUUCUAAGCCAGCCAUGCUUUCUCUGUUUGAGUCCUCUGUUCUGCUACUGGCAUCCUUAUUCCUUACAAACACUGUUACUCUUCCUCAUAGCGUCUCCUCUAAGAUCAGCAAGCACUUCCAUCAAGGGGUAGGGGAUUCUCUUUAGAGGUGAAACUGUGGUCGAUGGCGUGAGGGUCCCUAGGAGCACUGCUCCAUUCAUAGUUUCUUUCUUGUCACAGGUCUUGCUGAUGCCAAGGCCUUUGGGUCAGUAGUGUAGACUCAUCUGCAAGUAGGUUUUGUUGGCAAGGUAGGGGAGCUUUCUUCAUUAGACUAGGCUGGCUUCAGACAUGAGGCCACCUCUUGUCUGCCACCUGAGUGCUGAGAUCCCACACUAAGUUCUUGAAUUACCAAUGUGCUUUUUUAAGCACAUACAUCAGUAAUCCUGAGGACACCAUGUCCUUGCUGAAGCCAGACAGCAGCUGGCAGAAGACUGAAAUCACACCAGGCAGAUCCUCUCUCCUAGAACCUGACUGGGUGAGGCUGGAGGCAGGGGUGAGUGGGAAAGCCUGGGAGCUGUUUGGCUGGUUGCCACCUUUGUUGUAUUGUUACUGACGUACCUGGAGUUUGUUUUUUGUGUUGCUGUGUUUUGUAUAAUUUUAUAAAAGCUUCUCAUACAUGACAACAAGAGCUUCUUGGGUGGUUUCUCCAUAUUCUGCCUCAGUUUGACUCCCUCUAUAGGUUUCAUUUCAUGACAGAAGCUCCUGCCAGCUCAGCCUUUCAUUCCCUUGGCCAAGCAAGCGCUGGAGCUACUGUGUUCAAGUACAUUUCUGCCUCUCACACUCCAGGUGGAAAGGAUUUGGAAUGAAAAACACCCACUGUACCCCUUUGUUCUUGUUUUAAGGGGAACGUAGUUCUGUAGAGCUCAGCUUACAUCUUAGGAGAAGCUGGGUGCUGACAUCUUAACCUCCUGACCCAAUGUAGGCUUUCUAGGGCUGGUGAGAGAGCUCAGCAGGUGAAGGCGCUUGCCACCAAGCCUGAGACCUGUGGGCAUGAAUGAAGGAAAGAACCAGUUUGCAUGAGUGACCUACACACCACUGGGACAUAUGCAACCCUUGACCCCAAGUAAAGCAUGUCAUUUUUUUAAAAGUAAGUCUCCUUCACAGGAUCUUUUGUAUUUACGUGAAAGAAGGAGCUCUGCCUCCCCCAAGUGUGCUCUGGACAAGGUACCUAAGGUCUCCUCAGCCCUUUGACCACCCAGGGAGCACCCUCUGUGAGACAAGCAUGGCAGCUUGUAAGGGACCUCUGUGUGAUGAAAAGGAUCUGUGUGAUCUGUCUCAAACCUCCUGGGGUUUGAUUUUAACCCCUGUCACUUGCUGAGUGGUAAGAGCAUCCGUCAUUCUAAUGAGACCAUAAUGGGGCUGGCUUUAAGAUCGGCCAUACUCAGUGAGUGGUACAUCCAGCUGUGGAUAGCAGCAGCCAGUGAUGGGAGUCCCCGUGACUAUACUGAUGUCUCCAUAGCUCCCAGAGGAUGGCAUCUGGGGGGUUGCUUGGUGUUGAGCAGAAUGAGUGGCCUUCCCUUCCCUUGGCCCCCAUGUCUGUUGGGAUUAACGAGCUGCCCAAGUUCAAGUUUGGGAGUGAUCUGCCAUGGUAGUCAGACUCAGGAAAAGAGCCUGAUGGGUUAUCUGAUUAACCAGCAGUCCUGUGUGUCUGCAGAUCUACCUGCAGUGGACCCUGUGGAACCUGGCUGUAGAGGAGCAGGUCGUGGUCCUAAGCCUCGACAUUUGCAUCUGAACAGUUCCAAACAAGAAGUUGAAUAAACACAAACUGGGCUGUGCUAUUUGGGAUGUUCAAAGCUGUGUCUGCCCUGAGGUCUUGG